AUGGCCAAACCCCACGCCCUCCAACCAAAACCCAACCCCACCCCAAAACACACCGCCCACGAACUCCAACGCAUCGCCUCCAACUCCAUGCACGUCUUGAACAUCCGGGACUUCUCCCACCAAACCCCCCUCGGCCUCGAAAUCCUCUCGCACAUCUCCUCGUCCUUCAGCGGCAAAGUCGACAACAUCCCGCAUCCGCUCAACUGGAAACAGCUCAACGACGUGUGGCGGGCGUGGUACGAGGCCGACGAGCGGCUGGAGUUCAAUAUGCGGAAUUGCUCGGCGUAUGUGAAUGAGGAGGAGGGGUUGGCGAAUGUGUAUAUGGAUAUGGAUGUGGUGGGGGUGUCGAAUGUGGAGUUGAAGGGGUUUUCGGAGUUGUGUUGGAGGAAGGAGGGCGGGAAGUGGAUGAUUUAUCGGUUUUGGGGAAGUCGGGGGAUGCCUGGGAAUGAUGGGUUCUUUUGA